AUGAAGCGCAGCCAAAUGCUCAAAGACACGCUGAAGAAAAGCAAAAUUCCAACAGAUACCUACAGAAAGCAACAAAAGAAGAAAGAGAAAAAAAAAAAAAAACAGGAGUGGUCCGAACAGCUGGAAAAACUUGUGAGAACAAAGAACCCACAUGACGUCAAGGAAAAGUUAGAUGCUCUCCGGAUAAGGGAGCAGCAAGGGAAGCUCCUUCACGUGGAAAAAAAAAAACUGAAGCAGUAUGAAAUAUUGUGGAAUUUGAUAAAGGAAAAGGUGAAGGAUGGGAGCUACUUCUACAGUAACAAUGGGGUGGUGUUCAGCAUGAGUGAACAGCACGGGGAGGGCGCUGCAGGCAGCGGUGACGGUGCAGACAGCAGUCAUGGUGUAAGUAACGUUGUUGGUGCAAGUGACCCUGUUGGUGAAGACAACUUUUCUGGUGAGCAACGCCAGGAUGAUGCACCUGACGAUGAAAACGACUACGCCAGCUCAGAUAUCGAAGUGAGUUCGGAGUCAUCCGAUCAGAAUGAUGACUCAGGCAGCAUGGAAAGUGAUGACGUAAGCAGCUCACAGGGUGAUGAUUUAAGAAGACCUCCAGGGGAGGAGGACCAGGAGGAAGACUUCUUCCUGGAGUCCCUACCCUCCCUACCAAAAGGACUACCCGAUGAAUUUAUCAUACCAAACAUGAAUGCACACCCGAAUGGGGGUUAUUAUCCCAAUGCGAAUGUAAAUAGCUACCCAAAUUACCAACCACCCAUCCCUUUUAACGCCACAGGGAAAAGCGGUGGGUACUAUGCGUAUGGCAGUAAUGGGUAUUAUGGUGGGUAUCCAAAUGGAGUAAAUUUUUAUUUCGGCCCUGGUUACCCUGCCCCAUAUGUACAUGCCGUCGGGAGGGAAAGCUGCCUAGACAGGCAAGUUAAGAAAGUAGAAGCCAUUCCAACAGAUGAUGGGCAACAAGAAGGGAAGAGCGAAAAUUGCAGCAAGGACAACCUUCCCUGCCCUGGUGAAGACAACACGGAUCCCACUUCUUCAAAAUUGAGUAGUAACGUACCUAACGUUUCGAGCAAUGAAAGGGAGUUUCCCCCCGAGGGAGAUUCUACUUUAGCCACUGAUGGAACGAAGGAUGUUAACGCUUCCAUGAGCGCCCAUGGGGAGGGCCCUGCCAUUUGUGCUAACCCUAACCCAGAUGAAGGGGAGAAAAAUUCCAUCCAUGACGGUGCGGGAAGCCACCUCAGCGGUGCCGAGGUUGAUUGCAAGGAAGCAAACGAAAAAGGUGGCACAGCGCCACCGCCUCCACCGGGUGUUCCACCGAAUGUUCCACCGAAUGUUCCACCGAAUGUUCCACCGAGUGGCUACCCCAACAAUGGCACGCACAACCCUUUUAUCGCUCCCAUCUAUGGUACAAACUACUACUACAAUUACGCCCACCUGUAUGGCAAUUUUAAUACGGGCCAAAUGAACGGAGCCAAUUGUUUUAUCCCCACGAAUAACAACAUGGCCAUGUGGGGCGCUCCUAAUUUAAGGGGGGGACACGGGUAUGUUGGCCCUUCAAGGAACUACGGAGAUAGGGGAAAGAGGCAUAGCAACCCUAAUAGGCCUAGAGGGGGGAAUCCGGCAUCAAAGAAGGCUCGAAUGGGAGCAAACGGGGCAAACUAUGGUUUCCCUAUGAGUCAGCCAGAUGAGUAUGAUCAGAGUGGGCGUAGGGGGAAUGCCCACGUAAGUGGUUAUGGUGAACGUGGUCAAGGGGGAAGGCGGCCCCAUCCGCGGCAACGACAUCAAGAGGACCGGACGACGGAACCGCGCCAUGGAAAGGAAGAGGACCCACAGCCAACCGCACAGUAUUUCGUGCCCAUCAAUUUAAGACUAAAGAACAAACUAAACGAUCUGUGCGAAACAAAAAUUAACGCAGUUAAGAAGGAAACAAAUGUUAGCGACAAAAAUGUUAACCUAGACGUAGAAUACAGUAAGUUCAUAAAAGAGGUAGACUUGGGGUAG